GUUUUUUGACAUAAGGCUACUGAAGGUUUGUUUUGGGGCAAAAUUAUUGCAGCCUUCUAGGCUUCAAUCUACACAACGGUUAACAAUGGACAGUCCGCCUGGGAAGGCCCUACAUCGUGAUUCGUCAGAAGAAGCGGUUCUCCAUUCUCAAUCACCACGACGUCCGACUAGGCCAGUUCUCAACACUUCCUUUGAAGAUCUGGAGGCUGCUCGUCUUCUCCCUUCCUCGGCUACCGCUCCUCCAUACCGCAUUCAACCAAGUCCUAGCUCCCGACAUCUCAACGAAAGCUUCCUCAACAGUCCUUACAGCGAAUAUCCACCCAGUCCGGCAUACCGAAGUCGCGUAGAUAUGCGUGACGACGAGAGUAAUCUGGUUGAUAGAAAUGAGGACCGACGCGAUUAUGAUGAACAUCCAACGACGGAGCGAAAGGUUCAUUAUCGGGGUUUGAACGAUGACAGACCACCUUCACCUAUCUAUCAUAACCACCAACCAAGUCAACCGUUUACGCCUUCCUAUGAAUCUCCUCGUCUGGCUUCAGGUCCCCCUUCGACUGUGGGAACGGAUGAAGAAGAUUAUGACGAAGAAUCUGACUAUGACUGGAGUGGAGAUGACGAUCUCAUAGGAGAGGAAGCAAAGCUCGAAGAAAGAUUUGGUGUGAAGGCCAAAAAGAAAGGCUGGUCAUUCAAACGCAUAGUUACUAUUCUGUUCUCCACCUUAAUCGGUUCUACUUUCCUCGCAGGCAUUCUAGUGACCCCCGCGAUCCUGAUCCACUUCUUCUGGUACAAGCCUCACCCAAACGAUUACCGCCUUCGCGUGAAAAAUAACGUACAAGCCUGGCUCUUCUGGGCCGCUGCCAACCUCACCAUAUCCUGGUGCCUCGCCUUCCUUAUCGACCUCGUCCCAGGCGUUGUCCUCUUCCUCGUCUCACUCGUCUGGGGACACAUCUCCGAACGAACCAAAUCUCGCGUUGAGCUCUACAACUCUGUCAAAAACACGAUCAAACCCGCGUUCUACAUGGCUAGCGGAUGGCUAUCGUGGGUCAUCAUCUUCGCUGGGAUAUUUCACUUGUAUAAUUCGGGCGAUCCUGGUGCGAGUGAAGAGCCGUAUACGAAGAGGGUAUAUCAAGUUUUGAUGUUCUUGUUCUUUUUGGUGCUUGUGUUUUGCGUGCAGAAGAUGUUGAGUCAUGCGAUCGCGUUUCAGUUCCAUUGGACGGCGUUUCGAGAGAGGUUGGACGAACUAACCACUGCACUGAGGGUUAUUGAGAAACUGAGAGUUUACCGGCCGAAAUUCCAAACUCAAACGCAUUCGAAAAACCGUUCUAGUGGAUGUGGAUGGAGAACGCCAUUGUGGGGCACUACGCCUACCGUUGAGAAGGAUUAUUUUGAGUUUGGGACUGGGACGUCCAAGGGAAAACAUUCAAGGGACACUACGGCUGUCGAAAGGUGGAGGCAUUCGAAAGAGGCUACCAUCAUCCCAGAUGCCGAUUCGGAGACAGAGAAGGAUGUGAAGGGUAAAAAACGCGCCUCUGGUUCUUCUUGGUUGGUAUUAUCGGGCAGGAGACGACCCACUACGGAUGAUAGCCCAGCUCAAUCCCCCACACCUUCCAGAUUGCCGCUACCCCAAAACGAGAGCCCGGAAAGCUCGCCUCGAGACCCAACAGCCACAAGCCACACACCCACCCUCGAACACCGGUACCCUCCAUCACUCGCACACGAUCGACAACGCCUCACUCCCAGUUCCCGUACAUCUCCUCCACGAACUCCACGAUACACUGAGGACGCCACAGAAACGCUAGCAGCAGCCGCCAAAGCACUCAAGACCGCCGUUCUACAUGAUGCGAGGAAUAUCAAAGGCGAAGACGAGCGCAAAGAUAUACUAGGCAUUGGUGCGUUUGGGAGCACAACGGAGGCGAAACGCCUUGCGAGGUCUAUUUAUUACCGAUACCGACGUGCAGGGAGGAAGUAUUUGCUCCCGUCGGAUUUUGCUCCUGCUUUUCCGUUCACCACCAAUGCUACGCAGCCGACGACGGAUAGAGGGACAGAUCAUGAUCACCGCCACCACCACCAUCAAGGCAGUAUUGAUAAUGUAUCACCUGAAGCGCUUGCGGCCUUCCGGGUAUUCGAUAAAGACAAUAAUGGGGAUAUAUCUCGCGCUGAGAUCAAAACGACGUUGAUCAGGGUUUACAAGGAACGACGAGCGUUGGCGAGGAGUAUGAGAGACGUCAACAAUGCUUUGGAAUCGUUGGACUGGAUAUUGAUGUUCUUUGCGGCUGUUAUUGUGUUUUUUAUAAGUUUACAGGUGUUUGGGGUUGAGGUUGGGAAUUCGUUGGCGAGUGUUUAUUCGCUUGGUAUUGCUGCGUCAUUCGUGUUUAAAAACGCCGCAUCGAACGCAUUUGACGCUGUCAUGUUCUUGUUCGUCACACAUCCGUUCGAUACAGGCGAUCGAGUGUUUAUCGGAGAUCAGAAUCUGGUUGUUAAAAAAAUGGGAUUGUUCGCGACUGUGUUUACUAGGUCUGACGGGACAGAGACGUAUUUCUUCAACAGUCAACUGUUCAAUAUGUUCAUCACCAACAUCCGUCGUUCUGGUAAACAAUUCGAGAAUUGCACACUGCAAAUUGCAUGGAAGACGCCUCUUGAAAAAAUCGAUGCGUUGGAGUCGUGUAUGAAUUCGUGGUUGAGUACGGAGGAAAACCGAUGGUUCGAGCCUGCGACGAGUAUUAUGUUGCAGAAUAUUAAGUUUCAGAGGUAUUUGGAAAUUACGAUUAGUAUGGGGCAUAAUGGCAACUGGCAAGACUGGGGACGGCGGGUAGCACGUAAAACGGCAUUUCAUACGGCGGUUGCGUAUUAUUGUCGACAGUUGGGGAUUGUUGGGUAUGAAGCACCUUUACCGGUGGUUUGGGCAGACGAUGAGAGUGGGACGUAUGAUGGGGGACUUGAAAGUCCUAGCUUUUUGGUGUCACCGUUGGCGUAUUCGGAUUCGGGAUCACCGAUGGAGUCAAGGGAUGAAGAGGAGGAAGAGGGGGAGGGGGAGAAGAUGGGAGCGACGUUGGAGAUACCUAGUGGUCCUCGUGGGGAGAUACCGACCAGAUCGUCUUCGAUGAUGUUGGGGUUCCGACCACCAGAGAGUACGGAGGUAAAAUUGAGAGCGAGGAAGAGUAAAGGGAGGAAGGCGAUUAUGAGAGGGAUGGAUGCAUAAGAUUCACUGCU